AUGCCUCCCGAUUUAGUCCGCGCUCCGUCGCAAGGUAGCGUCGUCUCCCAGACCACUCAACACAUGGGUCCGCUCAGUCGCCCUGGCACGGCCGAUCACCUUCGCGGUCGUUCCGAGACCCUCUCCCGCGCUGGUCGUCGCCCUCGCUCUCGUGGUUCCACCGCCAGCAUCCAUUCGAGUACCACCCAGCAAACACAGGACCAACUCGAUGCCUUUCCCCAAUUCAUGCCUUCCCAGGUCGCUGGCGCCCAGCACGUCUUUGCCAACAACCCCGAAGAUAUGAUCAUGCGCUUUGGUCAUCAACUGGUCCACCAACAACAAAAUGGCGCGUCCUUGGAGCAUGCCCACCGCGAUCAUUCAGUGGCUUCGCAGGCGGAGGAAUAUGCAGGUCACGCUAUGCACAGUCAUAAUCUCUCUCAUCACGCCCUCCCACAACACAUGGGCCACAAUGGCAUGUCCACCGUCCCUGUACCGCAAUAUCAACCCAUCUAUGACAGCGGUAUUGAGAACCACCUCCCCGAUACAACAUUGGAAGAGCAGGAGGCCUCGGAGGCUGGUGGAAAGAAGAAACGCGGCUCCAGCUCCACACUGGCCAACGAUAAUGAGCUGCGGAAGCUGCUCCGUCAAUACGAAGGAUAUUCAUUGAAGCAGAUGGCCGCCGAGGUCAUGAAGCAUGAAGGUGCCGGAGGCAAAGCAGAGAAGGUGAAGCAGGUAUUCGCCAUGAUCUGGCUGCGCGAAAAUUGCCGCAAGAGUAAUGGCUCUGUGCGCCGGGACCGUGUCUAUUGUUGCUAUGCGGAGAACUGUGGCACCGAGCGAGUCUCCGUCCUGAACCCCGCCUCCUUUGGAAAAUUGGUUCGAAUCAUCUUCCCCAAUGUGCAGACGCGUCGAUUGGGUGUCCGUGGCGAGUCCAAGUAUCACUAUGUCGAUCUCUCGGUCAUUGAGGAGAAACAAGUCAAGCAUGUACCCCAGCAGGUUGCCACCAACUCACACCUCCCCGCGGGGAUGCCGGACCGCCCAAACAGCGCAAUGCGUUCGCGGCGAUUUGACGAACCCUCCCCAGCCCCAUCAGCGCAUUCCAAUGGACGCUUCGGAGUAAGCAUUCCACCGCCCACCGCAGACACCGCCGUCUUCCCUUCUCCGACCACCUCGUUCCCGCCGCGAUUCUCCAACAGUACCCCGACCAAUGGCUGCGGAUGUGAGGGCCAACAUAAUGUUGGUGCCGAUGCCGCCAUCACCACGGAGAAUGUCGCUCAGCAAGCCGGGAAAAUGAUCCACCAAAUGCUCCAAUUCCCCAACGAAGAAAGCCCCUCGAUGGAUAAUGACUCUCUUAUCCUCCCCGACAUUCGUCCCUACCUCCCCCACAACACCGAUCUCAAGGUUGCCGACGCGUUGGCAGCUCUCUAUCGAUCGCACUGCAUUUCCGUCAUUGACAGCUUUCGAUUUUGCAAAGAGCGUAAUCUUUUGAAAUAUUUCUCCGCCUUCCACGGGACUCUGACCGUUCCUGUACAAAAAUUGUUGACUCACCCUAAUAUGGCUCCCUGGAUCAAGGAGUGCGAUUGGCUGAUGUAUCAAAAAAUGAUUGCUUUUGUCGCUCCUCUCACCACUCAGGUGGUUCCCAAGGUUGUCAUGGAUGCCUUUGGAUCCAUCUCAAAACGCCUCUGCGGUCACAUUACCGAGACCUUCAAGGCUCAACCGACCCAUGUGUCGGUGGCCCGUCUCAUUCCCGCCCACAUCUUCUGCAACCUCCUCAAACACAUGCUGGAUGUCAACCAAGCCGCUAAUGCUGCUGCUGCCUGGCUGUGCCACCCGGAUAAUCGUAACCAGAUGUGGUAUGACUUCAAAACAUUAGUUCACCCGACCGAGAUGAUCACCAGGGCCGACAUUCCAAGCUGCGCGUCGAGGGCAGCGGAGCAGAUCCUGAAGCAUGAUGUGCGGGCCCUGCUCACACCCGUCACAGAUAGCAACCAGUCUGCGGGCCUGCCCUUCUUCCAACAACCCGACCAACCUGCUGAUAUUGAGGCUCACCUCUUCCCCGUGGACACAGCUACCGGCGAGGACUAUAACUUCCCAGAUAACUGGGUCUCCUUUAUCCUCAAUCUCCCCGCGGCCUUUGCCAACCACCGAGCAGGAUGCAUCAUUCAAAAGGUCGACGCUCUGUGGGACAGCAUUCUGCAUCGUCUGACUCUCGGCGGCGCCGCUAGCUUCAGCGCGUGGUGGAUGACCAAGGUGUUCUUCCACGAGAUGAUGGUGUGGCAAGCAGAGAAAGGGGGAUUCAUGACCAGCACCCCAAACUCCCUCCAGAACGCGGUUUUUGGGGAACCCGCGGGGAUGGGGGGCAUGAAGCAGAACUCCAGUCAGACUUCUUUUGAUCCCAAAAAUCACCCGCGGCAAUCCAUGAGCCACGAGGGCUCGGCGGACACGCCCAACACUGAAGCGGAUGCUAAGCACAUCCCCGAGAAAGAGCUGGUUCUCCCAAACAACGAUGACAGCGCGAUUGAUCUGGAAGAUGAUCCCAUGAUGAUCGCGGUGGGCAAAUACAACGACAUGAUGGCAUCUGAUCCCGCCGAUGCGGAGGGUGAUGUAGUCGUCAUCUAG